UGAUUACGGUGGCAUUGAUUAUGGUGAUAUUGGAUCUUUCGGCUUUUCUCAUGGUCUUUCUGCUUCUCUCCUUCUGGUGAUUAUGGUAGCAUUAGAUUUUUCAGCUUUUCUCGUGGUCUUUUUGCUUCUCUCAUUUUUUUGGCAAUUAUGGUGUGAAUCUUUUAGCUUCUCUUGUGGUCUUUCUGCUUCUCUCCUUCUGGCAAUUAUGGUGUCUUUCUACUUUUCUCCUUCCGGCGAUUAUGGUGGUAUUAGAUCUUUCAGCUUUUCUCGUGGUCUUUCUGGUUCUCUCAUUCUUCCAACAAUUAUGGUGUUUUUAUUUCUAGCAGUUCUUUCUGGCUUCUUUGACUUGUAA